AUGUCGACCUCAAAGCCCGAAGUCGUCGAGGUGGAAUCCAAUGUGAUCCCAGCGCCAACCAAGAAGGGCUUCGGCGCACGCCUCGCGGCCCAUUUCAAGAAAUGGUGGUGGGUGCAUUUGAUUAUAUUCAUCGCCUGUUUCCUAAUUAUCCUACUGCCGGUUGUCUACGUCGCGUAUCCCAAGAUCGCACAAAGUGCCGUCAACGACUCGACCCUCGACAUCACGGAGAUGAUCAUCAGCGAUCCCACGCCCGAAUCCAUCCACCUCGAGCAGAGACAAGUCCUCGGCUCGGAUAGUAUUUUCCAUCCCCAGAUCUACGCUUUCGAUUCUGCGGUCUCGCUGGCCGGAGCGGCGGAUCCUUUCGCUUAUGUUACUGUCCCGGCUGUGAAGUCCAAGGACGGGGCUGAGAUUCACUUCGAGCAGAAGGUUGAUCUAACUGAUGCCUCUGCGUUCGGGGAUUAUACUACCGCUGUUAUGAUGAAUGAGGAGGUUUCGUUGAAUAUUUAUGGAAGACCUGGUUUGAAGCAGGGUGGUUUGCCUAAGACUACGGUUGAUUAUAACAAGACUGUUGUUAUGAAGGGCCUCAAUAAACUCAAGGGCUUCGAGGUGGCUGAGUUCUUUAUCAUGUUCCCGCCAGUGAAUGGUUACGGGAUGAACGGCACCGUCAUUAUCCCCAAUGCCUCCGUCAUGACAAUCCCAAUGGGCAACGUAACCCUGGCCCUCGAGCUAGACGGCAAAUCAGUAGGAACAACCUACCUGAACAACCUAGUCCUGAAACCAGGCAACAACAAAGUGCCAAUGAUCGGCAAGGUCGACCAGGGCGCCAUCAUCACCCUUCUCACAUCGAAGUCCAACCCCUACAAAGACGGCAUCCUGCCCUUCGACAUCACCGGAAACGCGACAUCAUACAACGGCAAGGAGCUGCCGUACUUCACCAAGGCCCUGGCUGCGAACACACUGCACGUCAAGUUGGAUGUUCUGUCUGCACUGAAGGCGGCGGGUGUUAAUCUCACGCUGUAG